ACCCCCCCCGUGCGGGCGCCAGGCGCGCCGCGACGCCCAGGGGCCCGCCGCGUCCAGGGAGGUGCUCGAGCUGCAGCUCCGCCGCGCAGCCGAGUGCCUGGAGCAGCAGCGCAAGCGGCCGCUGCUGAUCAUAGACGACGCCGCAGGCGCGCUGCGGCCGAGCGGUGGCGUGCGGGACGUGCUCGUCGGCCUGCUGGAGGCCACGAAGCAGCUCUGCAUCGCGGCAUUCUGCAGAGGGGCGAUGUACGACUCUCUGGGCUCGUGGAAGUGCGUCAACGUGCUUCUCCAGGAGCUGUCUAGCACGGAAGCUGCAGAGCUAUUUCUGAGGCGCAUCCACCGCCCCUUGCGCCCCUGCGACCUGCAGGCCGGUGCCGGGCUGGUGGGCGAGGUUCCGGCCGGAGGCCUGUCGGCGCAGCUGUCGGCCCACCCGCUGCUGCAGCACCUGGGCGGCCAUCCUGGCCGCGUGCGGGCCGCCAGCGAGCUUGUGACGCCCGGGCUGCGCUCCAUCUUCGAGCUGUGCGCUGGAGGCGGCGCUGGGGACGCCGCCGGGGGCGCUGCCGGCACGCCGGGGCUCGCGCGGGCGAUGUCGGUGGACGAGGGCCCCGGCGCGGGGCGCCCACCAGCGGGGGCGCAGCCUCGACCCCCAGGCACCGCCGGGCCGCAGCCGGCCCCGGGCCCCGGGCAGGC